AGUGAAAGCAGAAGGAAUGAGGAGUGGGAAAUAAAUAGAUGUUUAUUGUCAAGGUGCUGCGUGUCUGGCGACAAAACCAGCACAUGACCGUGGUGCUGCUGCUCUCUUUACCCAGCACUGCUUCCAAACACCCAGCAACUGAGUUUCCAGUCUUCUGUCAUCUCAGUUUCUCAGCUAAACAUGAUUUCUGGCACAAGAGAGAAGAUAUGGCUGUUUUUUGCUGUGACAUACUUAUUCCAGGGAAUUACUUAUUCAGAAGAACUCAGGAGAAUGAAGAGAGCUGUGGAUCCUGAAGCAUCAAUGAAUAUUAAUGAGCUCAUUACUUACAAAGGAUACCCCAGUGAGGAGUAUGAAGUGACAACAGAAGAUGGUUAUAUCAUUACUAUUAACAGAAUCCCUUAUGGUAUACAGAAUCAGGGAAACCCAGCUUUGAAACCUGCUGUAUUUCUCCAACAUGGAUUAUUGGGAGAUGCUAGUAACUGGAUCUCAAACCUGCCCAACAACAGCUUGGGCUUCAUACUAGCUGAUGCUGGCUUUGACGUUUGGAUGGGAAAUAGCAGAGGGAAUCGCUGGUCCAGAAAACAUCAGAAUUAUUCCAUUAAUCAAGAUGAAUUCUGGGCUUUCAGUUUUGAUGAGAUGGCAAAGUUUGAUCUUCCAGCAGCUAUAAAUUUCAUUGUGGAGAAAACAGGACAGGAAAAGUUGUACUAUAUUGGCUAUUCACAAGGUACUACCAUUGCUUUCAUUGCAUUUUCAACAAUGCCAGAACUGGCUCAAAAAAUCAAAUUCUAUUUUGCAUUGGCACCUGUCACUACUAUUAAGUAUGCUAGAAGCCCAGUAACAAAACUUCUAUACCUUCCUGAAAGAUUGCUCAGGGGUUUUCUUGGCAAGAGAGAAUUCCUUCCCCAGACCAAAUUUCUAAAAAGGCUACUAGUCCCUGUCUGCAGUCACCGAGCUUUUGCCAGGCUUUGUAGAAGUGUCUUCUUCAGUCUGGGUGGCUGUAAUCUGAAAAACCUUGACAAGAACCGAAUCCAUGUGUAUAUUGCACAAACCCAUGCUGGAACUUCUGUGCAGAACAUGGUCCACUGGAGUCAGGAGGCCCGUUCAGGGAAGUUCCAUGCUUAUGACUGGGGCAGUUCAAAGAAGAAUAUGAAUAAAUAUGAACAGGCUACUCCUCCUCUCUACAAUGUAGAAGAGAUGGUUGUACCAACUGCAGUAUGGACUGGGGGACAAGACUUGCUCGCAGAUACCAAGGAUGUGGCAAUUUUACUGUCUCAAAUUAAGAGGCUCAUCUAUCACAAGAGGAUUCCUGAAUGGGCACAUCUGGAUUUCAUCUGGGGAUUGGAUGCACCUCUGCAUGUGUACAAUGAAAUUAUUGACCUGAUGCAGAAGCAUCCUUAACCCACAACCAGCAGCCAUACCAGACUCAUUUAAUGACACUUGCUUUCACUGGGUCUGAACAAAACCUUAUUUUACAUUAGAUGGUUUCUGCUGGAGUCAGAUAGAAGGUUCUUCCUGACACUAUUUUCACACCAUGUGUCACUACAAUGCCUUUUGCAUCCUGAAGGUGCACUUCAUGUUUUCUGGCAACCUUAUGGGUCAACAAUCACUUCUUAACUGAUACAACAUAGAUUCUGCAAUAACUGUAGUUUGCUAACAAAAGACAGGCUUUUCCUAGCAGUCUGUUCUGCUUAACAGUAAUGAAAGCACUAACUUUCUCUGGAUAACGUCAGUGAUCCUAAGAUGUUUUCCAUUCAUAUUAUUCUCAGUUACUGAAAGACACAGUGUAAGGCAAGACUAAUUCUAGCAGUUAUGUUAUUGGUUAUUUUUUUUGUUAGAUGAGACAAUGACCAUAAAGUAAAAGCUCACUCCUGA